GAUGGAUGACAUUCAGCUUUGUAAAGAAAUCAGCCGGCUGAAGAAGGAGCUUCAAAAACUCAUAGCUCUUCCAGAGAAUGAGAAAUCCAACGAGGAGAAGCAGAGGGAAGAGGAGUUGGUACAGCAGAUACACAAGCUGGUGGAAACACGGGAUUUCCUGGUGGAUGAUGUGGAAUUUGAGAGGCUCAGGGAAAGGGAGGAAGACAAGGAAAUGGCAGAGUUCCUGCAAAGUAAGCUCUCCAGAAGCUAUCUCCAGAAAGCAACUCCUGUCAAAGAGAAGAAAAUGACUUCCAGGGGGCAGCAAACCUCUGCACCAUACCUGACCAAAACGGGCCUCACCCUGCUCAAGGAGUGCUGUGGCUUCACCUGCUCCAUCAUGUAG